GACCAAAAAUAAUUAGCGAAGUGGUGGUGCAGGUGGAGUCCGACCAAUGGAGAAGGUCCUAAGCCCAUGGUGAAACUGCCCCAUGUGGCUGUGGUAACAAAGUAAGAACGCUACAUGACCAAGGCAGUAAGUUUUUCCCCCUUUUAAAAAAUUAAUUUAUUUCACAAGACAAAGCCUUGGGUCUUUAAAUCUUCAACAGCAGAGUUGGGUCGUGCAAUGUAAUGUCACUCCUCCUUCAAAAAUUUAAUGCUCAAAACCAGACAUUUCUUACACUGUUAAACUCUCUCAUCCAGUUGUUUUUUCUUUAUUUAAUUUGACUUUUUUUGCUUCUAAAUCUCUGGGUAUCAAACAAAUCUGUCUCUUUUAUCUCUCUGCUAAUGUUAUUAAAAUAUUUCCCAGUGAUGGAUCCUUUUUUCUGUCCUUUUUUGGUCCAUUUUGCUAAAACCAAAUUCCAUUUCUUUUUUCUGUUAUCUGCAUUAGUAGUAGUAUUCUAGUUGCAGUAAAAAAGACAGCCUUACAAUACUUGGAAGAAAGAAAACAAAAUGGUGCUUGAAGGUUCAAACUUUUGAAAGAUUUAAGUUUAUUGAUCAAUUUAAAGAAUACCCAGUUAGGUUUAGCUGCUUUUAUGUAAGCCCAUUUUAACAAGGAAGGAGCUUGGUACCUGGAUCAUGGGGUUUUGCCACUUUUGAAGAAUUCAAGAUAAGAUAAUGGAGGCUGAAAGGAAACGUGCAAAGGGAGGGUUUUUUCAAUUAUUUGAUUGGAAUGGUAAAUCUCGAAAGAAGCUGUUUUCAAACAAUUCUGAGUUACAAGAAGAAUCAAAGAGAGGAAAAGCUGAGGAACAUGCAGUGAAGCCGCCGCCUUAUUCGGUGCAGAGAGAGGGGGAUGAGUAUAGUGCCACUUCAAAUAAUACGCGAAGUGGUGAUUUUAAUUCUUCUUCUUCAGUGACUAGUGAUGAAGGAUAUGGAUCUAGAGCGCCUGGGGUUGUUGCUAGGCUUAUGGGGUUGGACUCGUUGCCGACAUUGAAUGUCUCUGAGCUUUCUUCCAUCCCGUACUCAGGGUCUUCUUCUCUUAGAGUAUCUCACACUGAAAGAAAUACUCCUAAUUUAUGGAAUGAAUAUCAACCUGCAGACUACGCUAACAUUUCUAACAAGCUUGACAGGUCGUCUUCAAAUCCCAUUGAACCAAGGUCUCGUAAGGUGCAGAACCGACCAAUUGAGAGAUUUCAGACUGAAAUAUUGCCUCCAAAGUCAGCAAAGCCAAUUCCAAUCACUCAUCAUAAGCUUUUGUCUCCUAUCAGGAAUCCAGCAUUCACCCCAACCAAGAACGCAGCUUAUAUAAUGGAAGCAGCUGCAAAGAUUAUUGAGGCUAGUCCUCAGGCAACUUCCAAAGGUAAAGUGCCAUCAUUUGGGUCCUCCUCUGUUCCUUUGAAAAUGCGGAAUUUGAAAGAGAAAAUUGAAGCUGCACAUAAAGCAUCCAGGCCUCAAAGAGCCGAUGAGUGUGGUGAGAGUACGGUGAAGCCUUUGAAAGUACAGCACAAGGACAAGAUUCGCUGUAAAUCAGAUUAUACACCAACAUUCAGGAUAACUAAGGACUCAGAAAAAAGUAUUUCUAAUGGUUCAAGGAAAAAGGGAAAAGCAGUCUCACUUGCAGAACAAGCAAGGGUUAGUAUUCAAAGGAAAGAAGGGUCAUCAUCGAGUUUUAAUGGGAGUGUAGUGAACAAGAAGGAAAGGAAUGAUGCUAAAAGAAAACAGUUUUCUACAAGUGUGUCAGACGUACAAAGGACAGUGGAGAAAAGAACCUCUGCAAACAGGACUAACAAUGUGCUGAGGCAGAAUAAUCAGAAGCAGAAUUGCAUAUCCAAUAGAGAUUAUUCAACAUCAAAGAGUUCAACCUUGGACCAACAAGGUAAAAAUGGUAGGUCCAUAAAUGGUACAACAGGGCUUAAUAGGACCGUAAACUCCAGGAAGACGGUUUCAGUGGCAACUGAUACUGCAAAGGAGGUCCCAAUGUCUAGAAGAAAGAAUUUGCCUAGAAAGAAACGUCCUGUAAAUGAGGAUCUUCCAGUUGGAGAAACUGUUCCUGAUAUAUCAUCUAAAAAUGGUGGUGAAAGGUCCAUAAAAUGUAAUGUUACAGCUGAUGGGCACUUAAAUCAGGAUUCAGAUAUAAAGAAAACAAGCAUGGAUGUCAUUUCAUUUACAUUUACAUCCCCCUUAUCAAGGUCCAUGCCUGACGUAUCUUCCACUAGUAAAGUUUCUGAACAGAGCAGCAGCUUUGAUACUGAUCCUUCUAGUGACAAUGAUUUGCUAUUUUUAAAAAGCUCGUCAUUUUCUUCUCCUGGAUUCAAUGUAAUUGGUGGGGAUGCUCUGAGUGUUAUUUUGGAGAAAAAGCUUCAAGAAUUGACAUGUAGAAUCGAGUCAUCCAACUGCAAUAUCAUUAUAGAGGGGACUUCUGCUAGCCCCACUUCCAGUUUGCAAAACUCAGUGCCCUCAUCUGAUACAGCAACCACAACAUCAGCAGCACAUCAAAAAACUCUUCAGGUGGAUCUAGAUCAUGAUAUCUCAUAUAGCUCAAGUGACUUUGAUCACUCUUCUGACAAGCUGGGGAUUGAUUGGGGAAAGUGGCAGCUAUCUGAAGAAAUCGAAGAGCAAAAUGCUGGCAGCAGCAGCAGUGAGAAUGACAUAGAAGUUGAUAACCAACAUCCCGGCCUGCUUUUGACUCUUAAACAUGCUGUCACGAGUGGUAGCUGCUCAGGUAGCAGAAACAGAGAAAUGGACAAAAAGCAUUUAACAAGGCCACCAAAUUCCGGAGAUUGUAAAGAGUCAACCGAUUGGGAAAACGGUUUUGUGAAAAUGGUGCUAAAAGAUUCUGAGCUACUAUUUACAGAAUAUGCAUUGGGUCAGACUGAGAAGGUUAUGACCCUGAAGGCUUCCAAUCAGCUUGAGCAUCUGAAUGGAGCGGAGAGAAAUGGAGAAGAUUACAAACUCGAACAAAAGCUUCUACUUGAUUGCGUGAGUGAAUGCGUGGAGUCAAGGUACAGACAGGUUUCAGUUGGAAGCUGCAAAGGUUUGGUUAAAUGGGAAAUUUUGAUCCAAAAUAGGGAGUGGUUGGCAAAAGAGGUGUACAAAGAAAUUUUUGGUUGGAAAAGCUUGGAUGAUACCAUGGUGGAUGAUCUUGUAGACAAGGACAUGAGCACAAAGUAUGGAAGAUGGCUUGAUUUUGACAUGGAAGCAUUUGAAGAGGGUGUAGAAAUCGAGAAGAUUGUAUUAACUUCUUUAGUUGAUGAAUUAGUUUCUGAUUUAUUAUUAUUGCUUUAAGAUAGCCUCUCUUUUUUUUUUUUUUAGUAUUUUUUGAGGUUCCAUUGUUAAAAUCUUCUUUGCUCAGAAAGAAGAUAUAUAUAUACUUGCUGUAUAAUUCAAAAUUGUGAACUUUGCAUCCAUGAAAAUCAAUGGCAACUUUUUAUUUCCUCACAUCAUUAUAUGAAAACAAA